AUGGAUUUAAAAGACCAUAGCCAGCGGGCAGCGGCGGGCGGAACGACCGAGGGGCGGCGCGGGCUGGGCGGCGGGUGCUGGGGUCCGUGCUUCCCCGUGGUGGAGGGCUGGGGUUCGCCGGAGACGCCGGGUUGCUCCGCGUUGCCAGGUUACCGAGCGCGUGCCCCGCGCCCGCUCUUCCGCCCGGGCCGCCCUCGGCGCUGCCUGAGCCGUGGGCGCUGCGUGCGGGACUCUCGUCGCUCGUGGACGGGGUGCGAGCGCGCGGCGGACGUAGGGCGCCGACCUGGGGCUCCCCGGCGCUCCGGCUCCGCUCAGGGCGCCCGCUCAGGGGCCUCCGGCGCGAGGCCCCCUUCCUGGUCAAGAUGGCGGCGCCCAGGCGGACCGCGCCGAGAUGAGCUGGAGCUGGGCCCGGAGAGGGACGAGUCUGCCACGCCCAGGACUUGGACCCCGGGCUGGUCUCCAGUCUCCCGGGGAGCGGCGGGUGGGGAAAAUGUACCAGCGUGUAUGCCUACUGGGACCACGUUUUCCAGAACAGUUAAGCCCAGUGUCAACUAUGCUGUCCCACCUUCCUCGACAUCUGCAGAUAUUUAUUUGAAUUUUGUUGAAUUGUUCUCAUCAAUAGGGUGUCCAGAGAAGGUAACUACUUUGCCCACGUCCUAAACUGGUAAGUAACAGAUUAAGAAUUCAAGUCUAGGAAGUCUGAUUCCAGAGCCCACACCUCUACCCUUUCUGCAUGUAGAGAGGAGUAAAGGGUUGUCAGUGAAGCCUUCCUGGGGGUCCUGGCCUCUGAGUGUAGAUAGAAGGAUGAGUGGACAUAAAGAUCAUUAUUUGUGUGUGGUGGGGGUAGGGGAGGAAGUAUGAGGGCUUCCAGAAGAGCCCGCCCUCCCCAUGCAUCUGCUAUAAGCAAGUCUGAUGAUCAGGAGUCCGGAACAUGAGUAUGACUAUGGGAUACUGAGAAGGGUUCUAGAACCCUGAGGUGAGAGUUCUGGAUCAGUUAGUAGGUAACAGAAAGUGAAUGAGUGAUUUACCUUACUUUCCACGGGUAGCAGGAAGUUUGGAGAUAGACCCUCUAGCGUUAGUCCAGCUGCUGAAGGGCAUCACCAGGGGACUGGGUUGCUUCGCUGUUCCAGCUUCCACAUCUCUAGCAUGUCCACAUAGCUUCAAAGUGACCCCAGAAUCUCCAAUAGUGUUCCAACAAUUUGGGCAGGAAGAAAGAAAAGGAAAAAAAAAAGAAAUUAGGUAAGAAAAAAAAGGCAGUGUCUAACUCAGAGAGCAAAUAUUUUACCACAGAUGGUCAACAGACUUGCACUUAGAUCUCAUCAGCUCGGAUUUUAAACUGGCCACCUUAGCCUUAAGGAUAAUGGGGUCUCCUAAACCAGGGCUCUGAUAGUAAGGAAUAAGGAGAGAGUGGUACUGCUUAGCAGUGCCUGCUGUCCCAAAC